AUGUCCGUGAAGCCCGUAGAUUCGUUCAUCAAAGACUCGCUGCAGCUGCUGUGCGCGAAUCCCUCGCAGACGCUGGUGUCGUUUCGGUACCGCGGGGGUAGUGCGGAGGGCAGCGCGGCUGAGGUGCGGUUCAGGACGCACAAUAGCCAUCUCGGACUGCACUACAAGUUCAAGACGCGCCGGCAGAAGGACGUGUCGCGCGUGCUGAGCGCGCUGGGGCCGCGCGGGGUCAACGUGGUGGCUGUGGGGACGGAGCGGCGCAAGCGGAAGCAGGCGAGCAGGGAUCUGGUGGGAAUGGCGACGCUGCUGGUCAACGCGGACGUGAAGCAGCAUGUGCCGGAGCCCGCGGCGGCGGCGGCGGCGGCCGGGAGCAGCCGGGCGAAGAAGAGCAAGAAGAAGGGCAAGAAGCGCUAG